CUACCUGGCAUAAAACUAAAUUGAUUCUCAAAAAUACUUGUCUCCAAUCUCAUCCUGUGCUCAAUUACUUUCUCCCAUAAUUUCAUUGUGUGGCUCAUGAGUUUAAUCCCUCUAUAGUUAGUACAAUUCUGAAUAUCUCCUUUAUUUUUAUAAAUAGGAAUUAAUGUACUUUUCCUCCACUCAUCAGGCAUUUUCUUGGACCGUAAAAUCACAUUAAAUAACUUAGUUAACCAUCUCACCCCUUCUUCACCUAAAUAUUUCCACGCUUCAAUAGAUAUACAAUCAGGUCCGUUGGCUCUACCAUUUGCCAUUUUCUUAAGAGCUUCCUUCACCUCCUUAUCACGUAUUAUUCGAUAAAAUGACAAAUUUUGUUCUCCUUCACCAGUUACUAAAUCCUCCAAGUUAUUAGAUGAAUCCUCUCUAUCAUUGAAAAGUUUAGAAAAGUAAGGUGUAUUAAGGAUGAAGAGGGAAGAAUUUUAGUUACAGAUGAUGAAAUUAAAAAUAGAUGAGAGACUUACUUUUCUAAACUUUUCAACGAUGGAGAGGGUUUAUCUAGUAACUUGGAGGAUUUAGUAACUGGUGAAGGAGAACAAAAUUUGUCAUUGUAUCGAAUAAUACGUAAUAAGGAGGUAAAGAAAGCUCUUAAGAAAAUGGCAAAUGGUAGAGUCAAUGGACCUGAUUGUAUAUCUAUCGAAGUGUGGAAAUGUUUAGGUGAAGAAGGGGUGAGAUGGUUAACUAAGUUAGUUAAUGUGAUUUUACGGUCCAAGAAAAUGCCUGAUGAGUGGAGGAGAAGUACAUUAAUUCCUAUUUAUAAAAAUAAAGGAGAUAUUCAGAAUUGUACUAACUAUAGAGGGAUUAAACUCAUGAGCCACACAAUGAAAUUGUGGGAGAAAGUAAUUGAGCACAGGUUGAAAUUGGAGACAAGUAUUUCUGAGACUCAGUUUGGUUUUAUGCCAGGUAGAUCAACUACAGAGGCGAUUUAUCUACUAAGGGGAUUAAUGGAAAAGUAUCGUUGUAAAGAUAAAGAUCUACACAUGGUUUUUGUUGAUUUGGAAAAAGCUUAUGACCGUAUACCAAGAGAAGUGCUUUGGAAAGCGUUAGAAAAAAAGGGAGUACGGAUUGCUUAUAUUAAAGCCAUAUAAGAUAUGUAUGAGGGGGUAAAAACUAGUAUAAGAACGCCUAGUGGUCAAACAAAAGAUUUUCCUAUAAAGAUUGGACUACAUCAGGGAUCAUUUCUGAGCCCUUAUUUGUUCAACUUGAUCUUAAAUAUUUUGACGGAACAUAUUCAAGGGGAAGUUCCGAAAUGUAUGCUCUUCGCCGAUGAUAUAGUUCUUAUAGCAGAGACAAGAGAAGAGGUUAAUUGCAAACUUGAGUUAUGGAGGAGGACAUUGGAGUCGAAAGGUUUUCGUCUGAGUAGAAGUAAGACGGAAUAUUUAUAUUGUAAAUUUGGUAAAGGACUAUUUGACAAUAAUUUGGAAGUGAAAUUGGGAGAUCAAAUUAUAUCUCAAGUGGAAAAGUUUAGAUAUUUGGGAGCCAUUAUUCAAAAUGAUGGCGAAAUCAGUGGAGAUAUUUCACAUAGAAUUCAAGUUGGAUGGUUUAAUUGGAGAAAAACUAAAGGAGUUAUUUGCGACCGUAAGGUGCCUAAUAAACUUAAAGGAAAGUUUUAUCGCACUGCUAUCAGACCGGCAAUGUUAUAUAGUAGUGAAUGUUGGGCUCUAACGGGACAACAAGGGCAUAAAAUUGGAGUAGCAGAGAUGAGAAUGUUACAAUGGAUGUGCGGACAUACACGUAAAGAUAAAAUUCGAAAUGAGCACGUACGCGAAAAAGUGAGGGUGGCACCUAUUGAGGAAAAAAUGGUAGAAAAUCGAUUGAGAUGGUUUGGGCAUGUACAAAGAAGACCAAGGGAGGCACCAGUGAGAAGAGUGAAAAAUAUAACUUUGAGUCCGAUUAAGAGAGGUAGAGGAAGGCCUAAGAGAAUACUCUUGGAAGUUAUUGAACGCGAUCUCUUAAUUAAUAAUAUUCCUAAAAGCUUGAUAAAUGAUAGAGCACAAUGGCGUCUUGCAAUUCAUGUAGCCGACCCCACUUAGUGGGAUAAAGGCUUGUUGUUGUUGUUGUUUUUGCUUGAUUUUGAUUUCAUAUUUUAAUAUAAAUUUAUCUUCUUUAUUUCUCUCUACCUAUUUGGGAUUCUAUCAUUUGGUAUUAGAGCUGUUUUAUUUGAAGAUGGCACUUACCGAUUCUAUUGCCCUUCUUGAUGAAUCCACACCCUCCUCCUUCCCAUCAUACACUUCCUCCACUAGUUAUAGAUCAUUACGGCAAUCUUAUAUCAUAUCUUGUCUUGACAUUAUUAAUGGUGAACUUGGCUUGAAAACCCAAGUGAGUAAUUCUCAAACCCAACAGCCCAGCAAUGUUCCCACUGUUAAAGGCAAAGCUAGCCACAUUGGCGUAGGAGUUAGGAGAGACGUCAAAAUCCGUAAAUUUGGAGUCAAGAAACCCAUGUCAGUUUAUAAAGCCAUGAAUUUGGUUUUAGAAUUUGAAGGGAAGUCACAACACAUUCGCAGGCCCAAUUCACAGAGCCAAUUCAACGAGAAUAGAGCUCGUUUGACUGGGUCUUCAGUACCCACACAUGACAGCAGAGGCCUUCAGAGCUCUAAGCUUCUAUUAUAAAACCCAGUUUGUCCUAGAGCUUGAAUGUCAGUGUUGUCAUGAUAAAGGUCUCUGAUUUCCAUCCGGAGUUACCUUUAAACUUGGACAAUUCUGCAAGUCAUCUUUUUCUCUUUGUGAAAUUAUUGAAGAUGGCAUGAAACUCAUCUCUCCUCUAGAAGAGGACGCUGAAGCUGAAACCAAGCUAGAAAGUGCCGAAAAUUCCAUCAUUGUAGUUUUGAGGAGGACUGCUACAGCAAUGAUGAAGCUUCAGGGAACCCUCUUCAAGAUUUUGCACUUGGCAGUUAGCAGGUCUAUACAAGAUAGCUAUUGUCUCGCCUUGAGAAGGCAGAUUCCCAAGGGGGGAGUAUUGAUAGAGUGCAGAAGUAUGGGAUAAAAGGGUGUGUGGGGUAGUUGGAGAUAUAUUAAGAACAAUUAUUAUUUUUCAAGUUAUUUUAGAUGUUAUCUGUUUGAUAAUUUUUUUUAGAUUAUUUUUCGGCUUUGUUGAGUGGUCCUUAAGUUUGGGAGUAGUGGGUUGUGGACUCAUGGUAUUUGGAGAUUAAGUUAGAAUUUAUGUUUAUUUAUUUAUUUUUCAAGUAGUUAUUCCCCAUUAUCUUAGUUAUGGAUUAAUGGGAGUAUUUUUAGAAAUUAUUAGUUAUUUUUUUGUCUUCCUUAUUUCUCUCUACCUAUUUGGGAUACUAUCAAAUUGCAUAUCGGGUACAAUUAUAGGCAUUUAUGCUUUCCUGAUUCCUCUCUGUUUCUGUUUAUAUCUCUCCUUCUCUAUCAUGUAUAUAUCUUGAACAGCUUAAUGGAAUGAAUAGAGUUUUUGGUCACCCAAAUCCACAUCUACUAGCAGCCUAGUUAUUAUUCAGUGUUAUCAUGUCUGUUAUCUAUCAGUACAAUAUAAUAGAAUAUAUUAUUCUUGCAAUCUUACUCUUU